AUGAUUAGGAAAUGGAAUAAGGAGGAUUUUGGUGUGGUGGAUUUGGAAGUUAAUAGCGCCAUCAAUAAUCUCAACAAGAUGGACUUCAUGGUGGCUGCUGUUGAGGGAGGAAUCAAUACGGACAUAGCUGAGGCCAUGAGUGUUGCUUCUAAAUCUAUGUGGGAUGUAGUUAAUAACAGGGAGAGCAGAUUGCGGAGGAACUCCAUCAUUGGGUUGAGCACACCAAGGGGAAGUCUGAACAAGGUGGAAGACGUGAGAGCGGAGAUUUUUAACCAUUUUGCGAACAGGUUCGUGGAGAUUGAUGCUGAACGUCCAGAGCUUGAUGGUGUUGUAUUUAGUUGUCUUUCUUUUGAGGAUUGGAAUUUGUUGGAAGCUCCAUUUUUAAUGGAGGAAGUUAAAGAAGUUGUUUGGCUUGGAGAAUGUGAGAAAAUCCCGGGGCCUGAUGGAUUCCCGUUGGGGUUCCUGAAAAAUUGUUGGAGUUCUGUUUCUCAUGAUGUAUUGAAGUUUGUCCAAGACUUUCAUGCUAGGGGUAAAUUGUCUAAGUCAAUUUCGGCUUCGUUCUUGGCGCUAAUUCUAAAAAUCGAUAGUCCUCAACAGGUUGAAGGUUACAGGACUAUUUGUCUUAUUAGAUAUUUGUAUCGCCUGCUGUCAAAAUUGCUGGCUGGUAGACUGAAGAAGGUCACUGGUAAACUUAUUUCUCCUAUUCAAUCUGCGUUCAUUGAAGGAAGACAAAUGAUGGAUGGAGUGGUUGUGUUGAAUGAGCUUACUGACUUCGCGAAAAGGAAUAGGAGGGAGUGUUUGAUUUUGAAAGUCGACUUCGAAAAGGCGUAUGACUGUGUUUCAUGGAGCUUUCUUAGAUAUAUGUUCAAACGUAUGGGAUUCGGGAAUAAGUGGUGCCUUUGGAUGGAAGCUAUGGUAUUCUCAAGUACGAUUUCUCUGCUCUUUAAUGGCAGCCCGACGGCUAAAUUUGUGGCGUCGAGGGGUGUAAUACGGUGA